AUGUUUGUGACCAACUUGUUUCUGAAACAGAUGAUGCAAACACCCAGGGCUUCAGGGCCUUCAGGGUUGAAGUGGCUUCAGGAGCUUCAGGGCUCUAGGGCCUUCUGGAGUUUCAGGGCUCCAGGGGGCUUCAGAAGCUUCAGAGAUCCAGGGGGCUUCAGAAGCUUCAGGGCUCCAGGGGCUUUAGGGCUUCAGGGCUUUAGGGGCUACAGGGGCUCCAGGGACUUCAGGGCUCCAGGGGCUUCAGGGCUCCAGGGGCUUCAGGGCUCCAGGGGCUUCAGGGCUCCAGGGGGCUCCAGGGACUUCAGGGCUCCAGGGGGCUCCAGGGACUUCAGGGCUCCAGGGGGCUCCAGGGACUUCAGGGCUCCAGGGGGCUCCAGGGGCUUCAGGAAGCUUCAAGGGCUCCAGGGACUUCAGGGCUCCAAGGGGCUUCAGGGACUUCAGGAAGCUUCAAGGGCUUCAGGACUCCAAGGGCUCCAGGGACUUCAGGGCUCCAGGGGCUUCAGGGCUCCAAGGGGCUUCAGGAAGCUUCAAGGGCUUCAGGACUCCAAGGCUCCAGGGACUUCAGGGCUCCAGGGGCUUCAGGAAGCUUCAAGGGCUUCAGGACUCCAAGGGCUCCAGGGACUUCAGGGCUCCAGGGCUCCAAGGGGCUUCAGGAAGCUUCAAGGGCUUCAGGACUCCAAGGGCUCCAGGGACUUCAGGGCUCCAAGGAUUUCAGGGCUCCAGGGGCUUCAGGGCUCCAAGGGGCUUCAGGAAGCUUCAAGGGCUCCAGGGACUCCAAGGGACUUCAGGGCUCCAGGGUCUACAGGGACUUCAGGGCUCCAGGGGCUACAGGGACUUCAGGGCUCCAGGGUCUACAGGGACUUCAGGGCUCCAGGGUCUACAGGGACUUCAGGGCUCCAGGGUCUACAGGGACUUCAGGGCUCCAGGGUCUACAGGGACUUCAGGGCUCCAGGGUCUACAGGGACUUCAGGGCUCCAGGGUCUACAGGGACUUCAGGGCUCCAGGGGCUACAGGGACUUCAGGGCUCCAGGGUCUACAGGGACUUCAGGGCUCCAGGGGCUACAGGGACUUCAGGGCUCCAGGGGCUUCAGGGGCUCCAGGGACUUCAGGGCUCCAGGGUCUACAGGGACUUUAGGGCUCCAGGGUCUACAGGGACUUCAGGGCUCCAGGGUCUACAGGGACUUCAGGGCUCCAGGGUCUAUAGGGACUUCAGGGCUCCAGGGUCUACAGGGACUUCAGGGCUCCAGGGUCUACAGGGACUUCAGGGCUCCAGGGUCUACAGGGACUUCAGGGCUCCAGGGUCUACAGGGACUUCAGGGCUCCAGGGGCUACAGGGACUUCAGGGCUCCAGGGUCUACAGGGACUUCAGGGCUCCAGGGGCUACAGGGACUUCAGGGGCUUCAGGGGCUCCAGGGACUUCAGGGCUCCAGGGUCUACAGGGACUUCAGGGCUCCAGGGGCUACAGGGACUUCAGGGCUCCAGGGGCUUCAGGGACUUCAGGGCUCCAGGGUCUACAGGGACUUUAGGGCUCCAGGGUCUACGGGGACUUUAGGGCUCCAGGGUCUACAGGGACUUCAGGGCUCCAGGGUCUACAGGGACUUUAGGGCUCCAGGGACUUCAGGGCUCCAGGGUCUACAGGGACUUCAGGGCUCCAGGGGCUACAGGGACUUCAGGGCUCCAGGGGCUACAGGGACUUCAGGGCUCCAGGGGCUACAGGGACUUCAGGGCUCCAGGGGCUUCAGGGGCUCCAGGGACUUCAGGGCUCCAGGGUCUACAGGGACUUUAGGGCUCCAGGGUCUACAGGGACUUCAGGGCUCCAGGGUCUACAGGGACUUCAGGGCUCCAGGGGCUACAGGGACUUCAGGGCUCCAGGGUCUACAGGGACUUCAGGGCUCCAGGGGCUACAGGGACUUCAGGGCUCCAGGGGCUUCAGGGGCUCUAGGGACUUCAGGGCUCCAGGGACUUCAGAGGCUCCAGGGACUUCAGAGGCUCCAGGGGCUUCAGGGGCUCCAGAGACUUCAGGAGCUUCAGGGUUCCAAGGGCUCCAGGGACUUCAGGGGCUCCAGAGACUUCAGGGGCUUCAGGGCUCCAGGGGGCUUCAGAGAUCCAGGGGGGCUUCAGGGCUCCAGGGGGCUUCAAGGGCUUCAGGGCUCCAAGGGCUCCGGGGGGCUUCAGGGGCUUCAGGGGGCUCCAGUGGUCUCCAGGGGGCUUCAAGGGGCUUCAGGGGGCUUCAGGGCUCCACGGUUCCAGGAAUGA